AUGGCGGCCGGUGUGCGGUCGUGUGCUUGCUGUCUGCAGUUUAAAUUUAGUCCUGAAGAAAUAGAACAGCGACACAAGAGCCAAGAAAUUGACAGACUUAUUGAAAAAGACAAGCAGACGUUCCGACGGCAAGUGAAGCUGCUGCUGUUAGGUGCUGGUGAAAGUGGGAAGUCAACUUUUCUUAAACAAAUGCGGAUCAUCCAUGGGGUAAAGUUCGAACCUGAACUUAUUAAAGAAUAUCAACAAGUGAUAUAUCUUAACAUUGUGAAAGGUAUGAAAGUUUUAGUUGAUGCGAGAGACAAAUUACAAAUUCCAUGGGAAAAGCCAGAAAACAGUGAAAGUGGAAAACACGUCUUGAGUUUCGAAAACAGCAUGAUUCUAGAUGCUAGAUUGUUUUUACAGUACGCAUCGUCCCUAAGUAACUUGUGGAAGGACGCUGGAAUAAGGCAUGCCUACGAUAGAAGAAGCGAAUUCCAGCUUAGCGAUUCUGUUCAGUACUUCUUUGAUAAUUUGGAGAGGAUAGCAAGAAUGGAUUACGUACCCACACAUCAAGACAUCUUGCAUUGUCGUAAAGCAACCAAAGGAAUCUCAGAGUUUGUAGUUCUGAUCAAUAACAUUCCAUUCCAAUUUGUUGAUGUUGGGGGCCAGCGAUCUCAGAGACAAAAAUGGUUUCAGUGUUUUGACUGUGUCACAUCAAUACUCUUUCUAGUAUCAUCAUCAGAAUUUGACCAAGUUCUGUUGGAAGAUAGGAAAACAAAUAGGUUGGAAGAAUCUCGAAACAUUUUUGAUACAAUUGUUAACAAUGUUGUAUUUCGUGGUGUCUCAAUCAUUUUAUUCAUGAAUAAAACAGAUUUGUUAAUUGAAAAACUGAAGUCCAGAAAAACGGACAUUAGAAAACAUUUUCCACAGUAUGUAGGAGACCCACAUAAUUUGGUUGACAAUUGCAUUAUGCCUGGAAACGUGUAAGCUUUGGGAUGCUAAGGCUUAGGCUGAAAUUUAGGAAGGAAUUGAAAUGCCUGCAUCUGAAAUGUAUAAAUCUGGGAGCCCAUAAAGCAGAGAAUUUUGUGUUUGUCAACACCUUAUAGUGGUAUGUAAUGAUUCUAUUUUAUAUUUUGUACACAAUUUAUAUGUAUUUAAAAUGUUAUUUUAGUUAUUCCAAGAGAUGUUGCACAGCUAUUUUACUGCAUUUUGAGCAUAAUAUAGUGAACAGUUUUUGCCAGUGCCUUGUCUUCCAGUUAUUUAUAAGAAAUGAUAAUUAACCCUUCAAAAUUUGUGCGCUUUGUUCAAAAUUGUUAAAGAGUUCUUGUAAUGUGUGCUGAGAUUUUUUUAUUUUAUUUUAUUUUUUUUUCCACACCAGGAAGUAGUAGAUUCUCUUACUUAGCAAUAAUAAUAAAUUUUGUUUUACUCUUCAUGGUGCUCUUUGGUUAGUGUGAUGUUUGCUUGGUGUUAAGAACAAAGUUCAAAUGUAUCAUUCAUGGGCUUUAACUUAGGUAAAUGUCUAGCCCUUACGAGAAAAAGUACACAAGUUUAAUUUUUCAGUUAUUGUAUUUAUAUUAUUUGAACACAUUGUUUCAUGAUGUAUUUGUCAUGCAUUUGUUUAUUGUCAAUCAUGUGACUGUUAUAGAAUUUAAGACUAUGUUGUUACACAAUAAAAUGU